AUGUUGAAAUCAAAGAAGGCUCUUUUUCCCCGCCCUCAUGCUCCCUAUGAAAUCAGCGGGGACCGAUAUGAACCAAGCAAUCACGCUGGAAUAGCCGUGACCGGAACCUCUGGUGACCUCUACCCAAACCAACAGUCUCCGCCUAUUCAUCUGACAACCUCUGCCCUACCCCAGUAUCCGGCUCCGGCUUCUACGCAGUAUCUGCCAGCCUCCUCUCAACAACAAUAUCCUUCAAAUACAAACGGAAAUGUCUUCCAAGGCGCGUACAUAAACGGCGGUCAAAUCAACAAUGCUUAUAACGGUACGCUACCACAGUACGCCCAGCCAUCAUACAACUUGACCGGACAGCUAGCUCAGCCUCAGAUGGCCAAAUCUGUUCCAAAGUAUUCAGAUGGAGCUCGGAAAAAACCACCGUUUCUCAAGAAAAAUAUUUUCCCUGGAAUAAGCUCAACCCCCACACAGAACAACUUUAAUAGCCCAGUCUCUCUUCCAACCUUGACACAAAACUCAUUUCAAGAAAUACCUUCAGUAUUAACAACCCAGCUACGUCUUCAAGCUGAGUUAAAUGACCAAUAUUCAUCUUCGGACAGAUCGAUAAACAUAGAUAUAUUCCAACCAGCACCUCCCAAACCCAUUCCAGAAUCCCAACCUGGAAAAAUAUUCUACAGUUCCCAUUAUAACAUGUCGGCCAAAAACAUAACUAUUGGAAACUCUAUAAAACCUUUAAGUACAAAUGAAACUCAAUAUCCCAGUGGACAAGCAAUUUUGUCAAAUGCAUUUUUGGACAGCCAGUCAGUCAUUUCAGCUAAAAAUCCUGAAAAAAUCGUAGAAAAUCCUGAAAUCAUUCGAUUGGAAAGAGAACUUAUGCCCCCAAAACAGAGCAUACCUAUCAAUAAAUCAAAUCAACCAAAUUUAUCAGAGCAGAAAUUUCUUCAGUCCAAUACUCAGGAGGAAUCUCUAAUUCAGAAAAUAAUAUUUCCUGACUAUCACUCAAUGCCCGAACCUUAUAAACAAACGGAAAAUUUUGAACGUAAAUCCUCCUUGAAGAAAAAGACUGCAGGGUUCGACAAUCCAACAUUUUCAUCUGAAAACUUUAGUAAUGAAAGCUUGCCAAUUCAGACUGAUUCAGUAACAAAUGUGUACCAUGAAAAUAGACGCUCAACUCAUCCAAAUUUUGAAAAGGCUCAUGUAAAGUUCAAUCAACAAGUUAGAGUAGCAGAACCCUUGCUCAACAAAGUAAACCCAAAAGCUCACAGUAUCAUAGCAAAAGAACCUCAAAAGUCUCUCAAUGAACCAGAAAUGCCAAUAGAAGUAGCAGCAAGAGAAGUUGCUAGGCGCUCAUCUGAAAAACCCUCCUUUUUCCGACUCGACUCAAAAAAUACUUCCAAAAAAGGUGCAGAUUUCAAUAAAUCUCCAGCAUCUCCUAUCAAACAGCCCCCCACCUCUUUACCACUGCAUCUCAAUAGCAAACAAGAAAAAUAUUUGGUAAGAAAGGAUAGGACUCCAUCAAAGGAGAAGGUUUCCCCAGCCGAGGUAUCAGCGAUGAAGAAGGAAGCAAGUAUGCGAAUGAAUUAUUCCUCCAAAUCAAAGGCUGGGGAUAAAGUUUCUAAAGCUAAAAAUUCUAAAACUGAGAAACAUGAGCCCAGUAAUAUGAUGCAACAGGGAAACAAUGCAGUCCAACAGAGAACAUCAGAAAAAAAUACAAAAGAAAAUAUAAAUUUCCGAGCUGGAUUCAGUAAACGAAAAGAGGCCAGUAGUGAGACUAGUCUUGAUACUUCCGGUGAACUAAGUCCUGAUAUAGUGUCCUCUAAUCCUAACAUAACGUAUGACACUGGAUUUUCAGAUUUUAAAACAAGUACCAGUGAAAUGUCUACCAGUGACUUAUCACCAGGUUAUGAUAGACCAGGGGUGCAGAAGACAGAACAAUUUACAUUCUUUAACUUUAAAAGCAGGAAACCUUCUCUAAGAAAAGAAAGAACAAGAAAACCAGUGCAAGAAAGUGAUUCAAAUGUUGAACAGUCAUUGGAAAGUCUUGGGAAAGAAAAUAACUUCAAGCCAGACAAAAAGAUUACUAAAAAUGGCAAACCUGAAAAAAACGAUUCUUCCGAAAGGCUGGAAUACCAGGUGCUUCCUGGUAAUAAUAUGCACCAGCCAUUGCAGAUCCAAUCAAUUUUCAAGUUUGGAGGCAACCAAGAGAAACGAGAUUUAGAGGGACGUCCAUUUUUUAAGUUCAGUGGUGACCAGAAGAAAGGAAGCCUCACAGUGAAAACACGCAGCUUACGGAAGAAAAGUUCUGUAAAGAACAAGCCCAUAGACGCUCAAAAAACUAAAAGAUCCCCUGCGGUUCUAAAAAAUGCAAUCUCCUCUGAGAGUACAGAUCUUAGUGAAACAGAUUUUAAAACUAAUUCAUUUUCAAACAAGGACCAACCAUGCAAGGUGUACCUUCACCCAUCUCCUAGCAAGCCAGGGUUGUAUCAUGAUCUGUCACAGAGUAGUGAUGGUCUCUCAUUUGAUCUUGAUCAGAUAAAAACGUCUACACCUGAUGUCUCCUCUUCUUUUACUGAAAAGUUCUCACCGGUUUCUAAACUUGAACAAACCAGUCCUAUUAUAUCAGUUGAUGAUGAGAAAACUGCUCCAUUUUCAUUCUUCAAGCUACAAACAGGGAAAUCAGAAAUGAUGUCACCAAGUGAUCAGAAAACUGAAACUCUCUUAUUUAAAUCCAAAGAAUCUGCUUCUUCCUGGAACGCAGAGGCUUACUCAGAAGUCAGGAAAGGCAAUGAAGCUUCUAAAAAUGCUGAGUUUUUUUCUCCUUUAGAUUCAAAUCUAAACAAAGGGUUUGUUAAGGAAACAAAAGUUGAGAAACCUUCUUCAUUCUUUAAGUUUACUAGUAAACAGGAAAAGAAACAGGAGAAAGGUGUUGAGAAAAAUAAAGUACCUAAAAGUUCAGUUCCUGAGAAAAUUCAAGAACCAAAAAUAACUAAAAAAGAAGCUAAAAAGGAAAAGAAGCAAGCAGAAAAAGAAGCUCAGAAUCUUGCAAACAAGAGCAACAAGCCUGAACCUGAUCCCUUAUCAUCCAACAUUGCCAAUCAUAGAGAAGUCUCAAUGGUACAAACAAAGCCUCCUAUUCUAAAGAAAAAUAUAGAACAGAAUGAAGUUGAACCCCCGUCUGAACCUGCUAAUUUGGAUCCUGAAAACGAGGGGAAGAUGAAGUGGUCUUUAUUUAGUGGUUGGGGAAGUAAAAUUCAGACAAAGCAAGUAGAUGAAGCUCAAGAAAUGGCAGUUGAAUCUCCUUCUAAAAGGUUAAAAAUUGAUAAAAGGAGUAGCUCACUGCCUGUUGGGCAAGGUUGGGCUGAACUAGCGAGCUCAACAGAACAUGUACCGGUACAGUACAUGCAGCCGCGACAAGCUUAUUCGACCCAACCAUCCGUUGAGAUAAGGAGACCCAGUACUCUAAGUCAAAGAUCCAUUUGUGAUGAAACUGACCCAAGCAAACUUAAACCACCGAGUAUAAAUCAUCACAGACAGUCCACUAAGCGUAAAUCCUCAAGCGGAAGUCACAAGGUUCAAUCUAGACCGAGUAUUCCUUCGGGUGUGAGUAUGGGUGUGAACUUGAACCCCGAGGGCCGUGUCUCCUACAAUCCCUUGAAGGGACCCGGACAUGGAUCCAUGGAUUCAUUGAACUCCACUCAGAGUUUAACCAACAGCUUGGGAUCAACUGGAUCCUUCUCAUCAAAUGGCUCUUGUAACCAUAAUGGUAAAAUGGAAAUGGUUGGCAGAACCUAUGAUAUCUCUAACCCGAUACGGUCCAGUAUGAAGAAACCCAAGAAUAAGGACAAUCCUUCUGUUGCCAGCGGUCUCAGCAAAAAAUCAGUAACAAUUGCCAUUGGAGCAGAACAGACAGCUGUUUAGGGAGCCGAACAGACAGCUGUUUAGGGAGCCGCACAGACAGAUGUUUAGGGAGCCGAACAGACAGUUGUUAAGGGAGCAGAACAGACAGCUGUUUAGGGAGCCGAACAGACAGAUGUUUAGGGAGCCGAACAGACAGUUGUUUAUGGAGCCGAACAGACAGAUGUUUAGGGAGCCGAACAGACAGAUGUUUAGGGAGCCGAACAGACAGUUGUUUAGGGAGCCACAAGACAGCUGUUUAGAGAGCUGACUAUAGACAGCUCUUUCAUGAUCCUAAUAAACAGUCGUUUAAGUCUACUAGACUGCUGUUUAGGGAGCCCAUUAAACAGCUGUUUAAGGAGCCAAGCAAAACAGCUGUUUUUAAAAUUGUGCGGCAGUAUAUUUCAAACAUUCCAAACUUGCUGAAACAAAAAUACAUAUUUUUUUAUUUAUUGAUUAAAUCAAUAUUUAUAAGAAUUAAAAACGGAAUUGUCAUAUUUCAAGUCACAAUUUUUUUUCAUUUUGACGUUAUUAUCGACCUAAAAUAUCUCCGGUGGGAUCUUUGAAAAUCUUCAAUUAAUGCCAAGUUGAAAAAAACUUGUAUUUAAUUGUGCUGGUAGAUUUUUAUGUUUAAAAUCUGCUUAGGCUUUGUUAUUUUAAGAAGAUAUUUGGAUUUUCAAAACAAUUUUUUGAUAAUUUCAGAAUUCUUUUUUAUUCUUUAUCUUUUGAAAGAAGAUACGUCUGCAUUUUAUGAUUUAUAACAUUCCAGGGCGCAACAAAACAUUCCAUCUAUUGCUAGAAAAUACUCAGUCAUCGAUUCAAAAUUAGAAAAAUUCCUAUGUUUUGUACAAAAAUUCUUAUUUUUAACCUUUUCCAAGGAAAAUGUAUUAUGUAUGAUAAUAUUAAAUGUAUUCUUAUUCAAACCGGUUAAAAAAUAUAGUAUAGGAGUCAAUGAAAAAUGUAUAGCUUGUACAGUGAAACCCUUAAUAAGUCAUACAUCGAAAGAAUUCAUCAAAUGUCGUAUUCUUCACUUUCUGAUAAUGGAA